GCAGUCUCGGAUAGGAUCUCAUUCUGUUCAGGUUAGGGCUCCUGUUGGAGCACCGAUAGGAACGCGACCGUCGCCGUGGCCCAAAACUCGCUGGAAAACAUCACGGAAUUGCCCCGCCGCACAUCUGGAAAGGAAGACCGACGAUUAUUAACGUCCCCCGGAGCUUAGAUAAGACCCGAACCGAUGGAUCUGGUCGCAGUGAUUGAACCGGACCGAACCGCGCGCCUCUAACGUGGGUCCGUUCGGACUGGACCCGCUCACGGUCACAGGUUGCUAGCGGAGUUGAGGCUAACUGAGCUAGCCUGGUUAGCAGACAGGGGAAGGGGGGGCUGCUGGAUUUAACCUGAAAAAGCUCGGUGUGGAGUGUGCUGGAGACCCCGUUCAUGAUGAGGUUUUCUCCGGCUGGUUUAUCCAGUUGGCCGGCUGCUAGCAUCGGCUGACUGCAGCCUAACGGCAGAGCUGUUCUCCUUCCUCCGGAUUAAGCGUUUUUUUUGAAAGGUGAACUUUUUCUCCCCAAGAGAGCUCCAACCCAGCCUCCUCUACUAUACUCUGUUGGAGACAGAUACAGAAAACACCCUAAAAGGGUUUAUCUUUGUUUUUCUUUACUGAAAGAGGUAAAAUAAAAGUUUUGUUUGGAGGUUGAGGAGGAUUUUUUUCCGUGGAAAAAUGGAUUCGGGUAUAGAGAAGGAAUGCAGCGCCUUGGGAGGGCUUUUCCAGCUCAUCAUGAACGACAUGAAGGCCAGUUAUCCCACCUGGGAGGACUUCGUAUCCAAAGGAGCCAAACUGCAAUCCCAGCUCAGGACGACCAUCGCGGUCACUGGAGCCUUCCUGGAUGCUUUCCAGAAAGUUGCAGACAUGGCGACCGGAACCAGAGGUGCCACCAAGGAGAUCGGCUCUGCGCUGACCAGGAUGUGUAUGAGACACCGCAGCAUCGAAUCCAAGCUUAAACUGUUCACCACAGCGCUCUCAGAAAGUCUCAUCUCACCUCUGGAGUUAAAAUUGGAGGAUUGGAAGAAGGGGGCGGGACAGCUGGACAAGGACCACGCCAAAGAGUACAAGAAGGCCAGAGCAGAUAUCAAGAAGAAGUCAUCAGACACCAUCAAACUGCAGAAGAAGGUGAAGAAAGGCAAGGGAGAAGCUCGCGGCCAGCUGGACAGCGCCCUGCAGGAUGUCAACGUUCGCUACGCCUUCCUGGAGGAGACGGAGAAGCGAGCCGUGCGCAGGGCGUUGGUGGAGGAGAGGGCUCGUUACUGCAGCUUUGUCAGCAUGCUGAAGCCCGUGCUGGACCAUGAGAUCAACAUGCUGGGCGAGGUCACCCAUCUGCAGACCAUCCUAGAAGAUCUGACCAACCUGACGGCUGAACCCAAUAAGCUCCCCCCUGCUAGUGAACAGGUGAUUUUGGAUCUGAAGGGUUCUGAUUUUAACUACACCUAUCAGACCCCCCCAGCGUCCCCUGGUAACAUGUCCAGGAAGAGCAGCAUCAGCAGUUAUCAGUCCGGCUCAGUGAGGCACGUUCCCUCCUUGGACUCGAUCAGCUGUGCUGUGGAUGGAGUUCACCUCCAGCCCUCCUCUACCUUCCUACUCUAUGGCUCUGAUGAAAGUGGGCGGUCCCUCAGCGAAGGGAACUCCCCUUCGCGCCUGGCCCGUAACGGCAGCCGUGGUCGCCAUGGUUCUGCCGCCGACUACGGCCGCCACGCCGCUCAGAGUCGCCGGGUUAGCCGCAGGGAUCGGACCGCUGAUGCUGUUGGCUCCACCAAUCAGCUGGCGCCUGGAGGGAGCGGGGGGGCAGAGAACGGCCUGUUGGCCCCCCCACACAACAGCUACGUCCACCACGGAGAAAGAGCUCGAGCCAUGUCUGCGUCCGGGAAGUCCUGCUCGGCCCGGGAUCAGCUGGCGCUGACGUUGGGUGCGUUAAACUCGGACGCCCCGAGGAGCAGCAGGGAUUCUCUGCACUGUUCGAGCGGCUACAGCACGCAGACCACCACCCCGUCCUGCUCAGAGGACACCAUCCACACACACACUUUAAGGAGAGACCCUCCUUCCUACGCCGACUACGAGUCCAUCUCCCUCCACGGAGACGCAGACUCCAUCUCCUUCCCUCAGCUGUCUCACGGCAACAGCCAGUCUGACUUCGACAAGUCCUCCACCAUCCCGAGGAACUCUGACCUCAGAUACCAGUACAGGGAGUUUGCUCAGUCCAAGCGGCCCACGUCCACCGUCAGCCUGCUGGCCGAGGCCGAGCUGAGCAGCGGCUCCGGUCGGCAGCUCCCUUCCCACACGGCCACCAUCAGACGCAAACCCUCAUCCAAACCGACGUACCGCAGAGGCACCAUCAGCGGAGGCAUUCCCAUCCCCAUCAGCACCCCGCAGGUUCCCCUCAAAGCUGUCGCUGGAAACGGCGGCAGUGAAGAGAACGUUUUCAAGGUUCCUGCUCCUGGAGGAGUCGGAGGUUUGGGUCACAGCAAGCUCUGCACCUCCACACAGAGUCUGAGCUCCUUGUCUUCCUCCUCCUCCCCCUACUACCAGUUCAUCCCAGGACAGAUGCCCAUCCCGGUGCCUGGCCCCACCGUCCCGUCUCUGCCACCAGAGGGCGGCAACGUCAAACAGCAGCAACAGAGACAGCACCUGCAACAGCUGCAGCAACAGCAGCAAAUCAACAUGCAGAUCAACCAGCAGCGAGGGCACCUGCAGCAACUGCCGCAGCAGUUUAAUCAACCGCCGCAGCAGUUUAAUCAACCGCCGCAGCAGUUUAAUCAACCGCCGCAGCAGUUCCAGCAACCGCCGCAGCAGUUCCAGCAACCGCCGCAGCAGUUCCAGCAACCGCAGCCACAGUUCCAGCAACCUCCCCCGCAGUACCAGCAACCUCCGCAGCAGUUCUCCCAACCUCCGCAGCAGUUCCAGCAACCGCCGCAGCAGUUCCAGCAACCGCCCCAGCAGUUCCAGCAACCGCCCCAGCAGUUCCAGCAACAGCUACAGCAACCCCAGCUGCAGCAGAAUACUCAGCAAUCUCAGCUGCAGCCUCAGCAGGACCAGCUCAGACCUCCGGCUGCAGAGCAGCUGCAGCCGCAGCUCCCGGUCGCCAUGGUGACCCAGGAUCACCCCGCCGACCUGGAGCCCGGCGUCAACCAUCAGACCCAGAAUGAUUCCUCCUGUCAGGACCGGAACCAGGAGGAGCGAGGAGGAGCAGACAUGCUGACGCUGAUCAGGAAGGUCCAGCUGAGGAGAACCGUCACCAACGACCGCUCCGCCCCCCUGCUGCCCCCCCCACUCAAUCACAACUGAGCCGAGCUGAAGGCGGAGAAACGUUUACAGGCUCCAGCAGCUGGAAGCGGGCGUUGGCGGUUCGGUACGGAGGUUCCUGAGGGGAACCGGAGCUCUGCUUCCUGUAGUUUGAUCUGCUUCUGUUUUCUGGCGUUUUGCUGUGAUUUGAGCUUUAAUGGAAAAGUUUCCGUCUUCUUUCUAGACUCAUUCCUCACUGGUUGGUGAGGGGUACGUUUGAUUCCUAUUGCCUGUAGUCCUCCAGGACGGGUGGGGUCUGAUAAUCAGCUCUGCAGGCCGUCCAUCUUUUUUAGAUAAAGUCAGAAAAAUGGAGGAGAAGCAGCUGUGAUGGUUGCUGGUUCAAGCUGACAGCAAAGAUCAAACCCACUGGACAUACACAGAGAAAUAUUUUCCUUUUUACUCUUUAAAGAUUAGAAUGUUUUAUUAAGUAAAAGAUGGAAAAACCAAAACCAGGUUCUUUUUCACCAAAGACGUGUUUCUGAUUUUUAUUAUUAUAAUUUUUUUUAUCUUUAUGGCCUAAAAUCUAAAGGUUUCCUUUUAAUUUCUACAUCUUUUAAUCCUAAUUUCUCUGCUCAAAAAAAGUGGUUUGAUGCUGGUUUAAUCAUCUUUAGGAGCAUCAAACUGGUUUAAUAGCAGCGACUUCAUGUUCUGCUCAGUGUUCUGUGCUGGAAGGAGAGGAAGUGAAAUAUUUUUCUAUUUUUUAAAUGUACUUAUUCCAGUUAGAAACGAUCCGAUAGGAGCAUUUAAAUCUCAGGAGUCCAAACAUUAGACGCAACUCAUAAAGUCCUCCUUAAACAUUUUUCUUUCGCUUAUUUAUUUUAACGUUUUCUCCACAUUUAGAGCAGAUGUUCUUUAAAUAAAAGGAUUUCUCUGCAGGCUUUGGUCGGGUUAAAUAGCUGGUUCUAUUUCAGAUCCUGGUCCAGUUUGAGAAAUUAACUAAGAUUACGGUUUUGCACGUUUUAAUUUUGUUAAAGUCUGAGAGCAGGAACAUUAUCUUCUGCCUGCAGCUUCCAGAAUGUCUUCAGUUGAGGUUCAAGAGUUUAAGGAGGUCAUCCAUAAAUGCAGCCGAUUGAUUUGUUGCUUCUUUAGCUUUAGUUGCUUCCUGCCAGCAGAUCCCAAUAAGAUUUAAUUUCUUUUGUUUUUAUUUUCAGCAGGUCUUGAUUGUAUGAUGUAAAAACAUGAAUGGUAACGUUUGGAGAGCAGGAUCUUCUCUGGCUGCAGCAGCUGCAUGCUGGGAGAUGUAGUCCGGUCUCUGAUCAGCAGCUUCUUCCUUCAAAGAUAACCUUUUUUUUUUAUCUGCAUUUUGUUUUGGUACAUCUCAGAGCUUUUCUCAUCACCUGAUUGGUUGUUUGUGUAAAUAUGAGAGCACCUGUUCCUGGAAGACAUCUUUGUAUGAUUUUGUUUUGUAGAUUUAUUGAUUUGAUGAAGCAACCUGGAGAACUUUGUAAAGUCUGAGCAUCUGAAACCUGAUUGGAUGUCUGACUGUUAUUGGACCUGAACCAGCUUGAUGUGGACCCAUAGGGUUCCUCUCUUUACGCCCACUGUGGGAUCAAGAACAAUAAUAAUAAUGAGAAUGAUGAAACUUGGCUCUGCUUUUUUAUUUAUCUAUUAAAAUCUCUUUUU